CAUGAAGUCACUGAGCCCGCUCCACCUCUUUCCUCUCCCAAGAGCUAAAAGACAGCAAGGAGGAAACAACAGCAGCUCCAACCAGGGCAGCCUUCCUGAGAAGAUGCAACCAAUCCUGCUUCUGCUGGCCUUCCUCCUGCUGCCCAGGGCAGAUGCAGGGGAGAUCAUCGGGGGACAUGAGGCCAAGCCCCACUCCCGCCCCUACAUGGCUUAUCUUGUGAUCUGGGAUCAGAAGUCUCUGAAGAGGUGUGGUGGCUUCCUGAUACGAGAGGACUUCGUGCUGACAGCUGCUCACUGUUGGGGAAGCUCCAUAAAUGUCACCUUGGGGGCCCACAAUAUCAAGGAACAGGAGCGGACCCAGCAGCUUAUCCCUGUGAAAAGAGCCAUGCGCCACCCAGCCUAUAAUCCUAAGAACUUCUCCAACGACAUCAUGCUACUACAGCUGGAGAAAAAGGCCAAGCGGACCACAGCUGUGCAGCCCCUCAGGCUACCUAGCAACAAGGCCCAGGUGAAGCCAGGGCAGGCGUGCAGUGUGGCCGGCUGGGGGCAGACGGCCCCCACGGGAAAAUACUCACACACACUACAGGAGGUGAAGAUGACAGUGCAGGAAGAUCGAAAGUGCAAAUCCGACUUAGGCCAUUAUUACGACAGUACCAUUGAGUUGUGCGUGGGGGACCCAGAAAUUAAAAAGGCUUCCUUUAAGGGGGACUCCGGAGGCCCUCUUGUGUGUAACAAGGUGGCCCAGGGCAUUGUCUCCUAUGGACAAAACAAUGGCAUGCCUCCACGAGUCUGCACCAAAGUCUCAAGCUUUGUACACUGGAUAAAGAAAACGAUGAAACGCCACUAACUACAGGAAGCAAACUAAGCCCCCGCUGUGAUGAAACACCUUCUCUGGAGCCAAGUCUAGAUUUACACUGGGAGAGGUGCCAGCAACUGAAUAAAUAAAUACCUCUUAGCUGAGUGGAAAA